AUGACAGAAAGGUCGCUUGGGCGUCGUCCCUUCUUCGAGGAGAACGGUGUGUCUAAUGCGGAGCGGCCUCUGAGCUCGCCAAACGACUCUCUGUGCUGUGAGAAAUACGAAUCCGACGGUAUCACCAGCAUUUCCGGCGCGUUAAGGUCCCUGUCAGAACCCAACGACCAAACGUCAGAGUCAGAGGAAAACGCAGCGUCGUCUUCCUUUUCGUUGAUACGCGGCAACAACGACGGCGAACUUGGCGGCGAACUCGAAACAGAUGUCCGCGGACUCAGGUCCGGCGACGAGUCAACGCCUGACUGGUCUUGCGACUUGGGGCUGGACAUGCUUUAA